UCCGCGGCCCCUCCUUCCGCGCGCUUCUUCCGGGUGGGCUGGAGAAGGGGCCAAGGCCAUGGCUCUCUGGGCGCUGCUCAGCCCUGGGGUGCUGGUGCGGACUGGGCACACCGUGCUGACCUGGGGAAUCACGCUGGUGCUCUUCCUGCACGACACCGAGCUACGCCAAUGGGAAGAGCAAGGGGAGCUGUUCCUGCCCCUCACCUUCCUGCUCCUGGUCCUGGGCUCCCUGCUGCUUUAUCUGGCUGUGUCACUCAUGGACCCGGGCUAUGUGACUGCUCAGCCCCAAUCUCAGGAGGAGCCCAAGGAGGAACAGACAGCUAUGGUACCUCAGGCUAUCCCACUCCGGCGUUGCAGAUACUGCCUGGUGCUGGUGGGUGAUGUACACAUACUCUUGUGGAAGGAACCGGGACCAAGUUCAGAAUCCUUGCCCUGGCGCCCUAGCACCUUGGCCUUGCCUCUCCUCCAGGAAGGCCUCCCAAAUUUAGGACCUGACUGUGGCCUUCAGUCCUCUCAGAAUGCCCUGGGGGAGCCAGCACUGAGCCUAGACUCCCCUCUGUGCCCACAGCAGCCCCUGCGAGCCCGACACUGUCGUGACUGCCGCCGAUGUGUUCGCCGCUAUGACCACCACUGUCCCUGGAUGGAGAACUGUGUGGGUGAACGCAACCACCCACUCUUCGUGGCCUAUCUGGCACUGCAGCUGGUGGUUCUCCUGUGGGGCCUGUAUCUAGCAUGGUCCGGCCUCCGGUUCUUCCAGCCCUGGGGGCUGUGGCUACGGUCUACCGGGCUCCUGUUUGCCACCUUCCUGCUGCUUUCCUUCUUCUCAUUGGUGGUCAGCCUGCUCCUGGCCUCACACCUCUACCUGGUGGCCAGCAACACUACUACCUGGGAGUUCAUAUCCUCACACCGAAUUGCCUACCUCCGCCAGCGCACCAGCAACCCCUUUGACCGGGGUCUGACUCGAAACCUGGCCCACUUCUUCUGUGGGUGGCCCUCUGGACCCUGGGAGACUCUCUGGGCUGAAGAAGAGGAGGAAGGCAGUAGCCAGGCUGUCUAGGGUUGCUGAAGAGAAGGUGCCAUUGUGCCUAAAAUCCGGAGGCUAUGCCCCCAGAGACCAGCCCAGUUAGUCUGAGCUCUUUACUCCCCAGAGCUCUCAGCCCUCAGCAGAGCAGCAGACAGAACCCCCCCAAACAAGGAAAGGAUGUAAGUAGGGGAAAGGGGGGGGGGCUUGACACAAAGAGAACCCAGACUCCAUCAUGACCCCUGGCCUGGCUACCUCGAAUGUAUAGUUUUAUUAAUUUAAUACUCUAUAAAGGCAAGUAUUAAAAAAACAAA